AUGCAAAACGAACACGGCCAGGGUAUGUCCCACGCCACCGGCGGCUCCAAGGUGCCCCAGCGCGCCCAGGAGAAAGUCCCCCAGGGUCUUGAGGAGUCCCUGCCGAACAAGGUCCACGACACCGGCUCCGGCACCGGCCGCAAGACUCACGCCCUGAACGACGGCGAGGACUCGAUCGUCCCCAAGGGUCUGCAGAAGGCUGUCCCUGAGGGCCUGGAGCGCGCCUUGCCGAACAAGAUCCACAACACUGGUGAUGAAUAG